ACUUCUCUUUCUUUCUUUCUUUCUUUUUUUUUUUUUUCUCUUUUCUGCUCAAUUAUCAAUUCUCUUCGUUUCUUUUUACUAGAAUACCAUUGUUAAAUCUUAUAGGCUGCUAGAAUUUAUUUUCCCUGGCUGCUGCAACAUAGUAUUCAAUUUCAGCGCCUUUCAAUCUUACACACGAGUCCCAUUUUCAUUUUCUUGGCAAGGAGAUAUUAGCAAACUUCUGUUCAGAUACUCCAUGGUUUCAUCAUAAGAAUUAAAAUCCAUCCCAGAAUUGAUUAUAAGAAUCAUAAGUGGUAAUGAAGGCAGCAAUGGUGCCAAUGGGGAGAUUUUGAUAUUAAUUGUCCUUCAUAAGAAAAAAUGAUGGAGUCGUUUGAGAAACAAAAUACGUUCCGGGACUUGAUGUUUUAUUAUUUUUUUUUGGAGCCUACUUCUAACACAAGUCCAAAGAUUGACUUUCUCUGCUGGAAGUCAAUUUCCUCGGUACCCAUUUCAGUUAUAAUUACCAGCUUCUGAAGUCGAUGUUGAAGAGAGUGACUUGUGUAUUUUCUAAAGAUGAUUAAACAGUCAUUUUUUUAUUUGUGUAUCUUCUAGAGGUGAUUAAACCGUCAUUUUUUCCUGGUUUUUAUUAAACAUAAAAAUGAUAUAUUGUACGUCUCCCGUGCAAUGAUCUUUUUUUUUUUGGGUAUUCAAUCAGUUUGAUGCUGUGAAAUGGAUCUUCACUUCAUUACGUUCUUCGAAGAGUUCAAGCUUCUUUUCCUUCUCGUCUCAAUACUGCCUUGUCUUCAAACGUGUUCUGCGGAAUCAAGUACAGAAAAAGAUUUGACAUUUGCUAUGAUAAAACCAGAUGGAGUGUCUGGAAAUUACACUACUGCUAUCAAGAAAAUCAUUUCAGAGUUUGGUUUUGGCAUCACCAAUGAAACUACGGUUCAGCUCGAUGAGGAGACUGUGAAGGAUUUUUAUGCUGAGCACUCCUCGAGAAGCUUCUUUCCAGGCCUUGUCCGGUACAUGACCAGUGGUCCGGUGUUGAUGAUGGUUUUGGAGAAGGCAAAUGCUGUUGCUGAUUGGCGUGCUUUAAUUGGACCAACAGAUGCCCAGACAGCUAAGGUUACACACCCUCACAGCAUCAGAGCCAUGUGUGGCCUGGAUUUACAGAGGAAUUGUGUUCAUGGGUCAGAUUCACCUCAAUCUGCAGUGAGAGAAAUAGCCUUUUUCUUUGAAAAGUCAUCAUCAGGGUUUCUUCCGAAGCAUGAUGAAUUGUAAUGAUCUAAACACUUGGAGUGCAAUAAUUAUUAAGUCAUCAACAGCGUCUUCUGCCAGGCUUAGUGCCCAUCAUUUAACUGGUGAGAGACACGUUUUCUUUUGGGCAAUAGGAGCAUAAAAAUCUGCUUGGGAAUCGAAAACUAAGUCCUUGUGAUCUUGUAAAGCUUGCUUUAUCAGCAUGAAUUGUAUGAAUUCUUUUUUUUUUUUUCUCAUAGUGGAAAGCUUUUGACAAUGAAGGUGCUCAUUCACUGUAGUUUGAGUGGGAAAUUUGUGAAUCCAAAACCAAAUUCGUAUGACGUAGAAAAUAUCUAUAGUAAAUGAUUACAGAAUUAAGAGAAAAGAGAAUCACUUGUAUUGCAAGUGAUUGUGUUUCAGCUGAUUAUAA